AACCAAACCAUUAACACCUUCUACACUCCAAGCUUCCAUCGUCUCCAAUUCCAUUUCAAUCCCAAAUUCUUCAAAUCAAACGAAAACCCUCUUUUCGUUCUUCAAAUUUCUUUCAAACCCAUUUCUCCGAUCCUCCAAAUUCUGCAAAAAUCGCCCAAAAUUUCGAGAAAAAUCUCAUCAUGUCGUCAAUCUUUGCUUCAAAUGGGAUGGUCUUAGCGACGGCCAUGGCUGCCGUCUCCGGCACCGUUCUUCUCCUCGCCUUCCGCCUCCAGAAACAACCCACCACCGCCGUCGCCGGAGCCGCGAAAUUCUCCGUCACCCACCACCCAAGACCCUGCAUCUCCAUAGAUGGGAAGAAGAAGGUGAAAAAGAAGAAAAAGAAGGUGCACUUUGCAGAGGAUGUGAUGGAACCGAGUGGGAAUGGAGAGGAGUUUAGAAAAAGACUUCAAAGUAAGAAUUUUAAUAAAAUGAGGACUAGUUCGUCAUUAUUCAAAGAUGAAGGGGGUAAAAAGAAAAUAGUUAUGCCUGCCAAUAGGAUGGCUCUUUACGCUGGAAUUCUCAGAGACCGAGGCGUUCAACGGCUGGCUUAUUCAUGACUCUUUCUUUUCGUCCAAAUUUAGUCCUUAUUUUUGUAAAAAGUACAAGUUUGGCCCCUCAUCUUUCAUAGGAUGCAAAUUGCAUCCUUUUUUCUUGUUUCAUUAUGUUAUAACUAGUGUUGUUGGUCUUGUACUUCCUUGUACAGAUUGAGAAGGGGAAAGAAAGACAUUGUAUACAAUGUAAGGGGUACUUUUGUAAAUUUAGGAAUUCUGGAGGGCAUAUGAUGUAAUGAUAUUAUCGAAGACUUUUGUAAGAAGAUUUCUGAACAAGGGUGAUGGGUUCCCUUUAG